AUGAAACCGCCAAAUGUUGUUUUCAUAGUAAAACCAUUAGAGUGGGGGAGGUACCGAUUCACCAGGCCAGAAUGUCUUGAUGAGGAUGUUUUAACAUAUGUUCAAAAUUUAAAUGUCCUUCACGAUGACGAUUUUCUGACGAUGGACAUAUCAUCACCGAUCAUAAGUACAUUUGACGAAAUGGAAGUGGCAAAUGUGGCAUUACAAGACGAGCUGCUCAAGCUUGGAAAGAAUGAGGAGCGGAAGUUCAACAUGAAAUAUUGUUAUAAAAUACUUUUGACAAAUGAGUGUCCAGAUAGAGAAGUGGAAUAA